GUAAAAAAUAUAUAAACAAUAACUUGUCGUAAUUUAUGAUCAUUUGUAAACUUUUUAAGUAUUAUUAAGUUAUAAAACGCGAUGUUACAUUGAAUCUUUCAGCAAGAAAUUGAAAUGAUAUAAGUUUAUUAUUGACAGUAGUUUGCUUCUAUGUUAGAAUUACUAUAAAAUUGAUUAGAAAGAUGACGUCCAUUAUAAAGUUACACUGCCUCUCCGGAGCCGGGGACGAGACUCCGCCGUGUUACGUCCUCCAAGUAGAUGAAUUCAAGUUCCUCUUGGAUUGCGGGUGGGAUGAAAAGUUUGAUAUGGAUUUUAUCAAAGAAUUAAAAAGACAUGUCAAUACUAUAGAUGCUGUAUUACUCUCACAUUCCGAUCCUCUCCAUCUUGGUGCAUUACCAUAUGCUGUGGGACAGCUAGGACUGAAUUGUCCUAUUUAUGCUACACUGCCAGUGUACAAGAUGGGACAGAUGUUCAUGUAUGAUUUAUACCAGGCUCACAGGAAUGUAUCUGACUUUGAUCUGUUCACCCUUGAUGAUGUGGAUGCUGCUUUUGAUAGAAUUACACAGUUGAAAUACAAUCAAAGUGUUGAUAUGAAAGGUAAAGGCCAUGGAUUAAGGAUUACACCAAUUCCUGCUGGACAUUCCCUCGGUGGCACAGUCUGGAGAAUAGUUGCACCAGGAGAAGAGGACAUUGUGUAUGCACCAGACUUUAACCAUAAGAAAGAACGGCAUCUCAAUGGCUGUGAGAUAGAGAAGAUUAUGAGGCCAUCUUUACUCCUGCUUGGUGCAGCAAAUGCUGAUUAUGUACAGCAGAGAAGAAGAUUGCGAGAUGAGAAGUUAAUGACGACCAUCCUAAGUACACUCCGUGGUGGUGGAUCAGUACUCGUUUGUACCGACACCGCUGGCCGGGUGCUUGAGCUUGCCCAUAUGUUGGAUCAGUUGUGGCGCAACAAGGACUCAGGGCUGGUGGCUUAUUCCCUGCUCCUACUCUCCAACGUCAGUUAUAAUGUACUGGAGUUUGCUAAGUCUCAGAUAGAAUGGAUGAGCGACAAACUGACCCGUGCUUUCGAGGGAGCACGCAGCAAUCCCUUCGCCCUCCGACAUCUGCAGCUGUGUCACUCCGUGGUGGAAGUGACCAGGACCCCAGGACCUAAAGUGGUGCUCGCCUCCUUCCCUGACCUUGAGGCUGGUUUCGCCAGGGACCUCUUCCUACAAUGGGCUCCGAAUAAUUUAAACUCUAUUGUUUUAACGGCAAGGACAUCGCCAGGUACCCUAGCUCGGGACCUGAUAGACAAAGGUGGGGACAGGACCAUCGAGCUGAUGGUGAAGAAGCGAGUGAGGUUGGAAGGAGCUGAACUGGAGGACUUCCUGCAGCAGCAACGGAUGAAGAUUAAUAAUACCGAUAAGGAGGACGUUGGUGGCAUUUCAUCAGAUUCAGAAUCGGAAGGUGAACUAGAGAUGUGCGUAGUGACAGGCAGACAUGACAUGCCUGUGCGACAUGACACGCGCCCCACUGGCUGCUUCAAGAGUAACAAGCGCCACCACGCCAUGUAUCCCUUCCAUGAGGAACGCACCCGUGCUGAUGACUACGGAGAGAUUAUACGGCCGGAAGACUACAGAUUGGCAGAGAUAGUGGACGCAGAGGGGGAGAUAAGAGACGUGCCGCCCGCGCCGCCGCAGAAACAAGAACCUGAUGAGGAGAUGAUAGAAAUCCCGAGUAAGUGUGUGAGCGUGGUGCGCGCUGUGGCUGUGCGCGCCAGUAUACAGUACGUGGAGCUGGAGGGGCGGUGCGACGGCGACUCAUUGCUGCGACUGGUCGCACACGCAAAGCCGCGCGCGCUAGUCGCACUCCGGGCACGACCGCAUGCGGCUAACACACUCGCGAAACAUUGUGAGAGCGAGGGCAUAGAGAAAGUAUUUACACCUAACAAGGGUGAUACAAUCGACGCUACAACAGAGUCUCAUAUCUACCAGGUGAAGCUGACGGACGCGCUGGUGAGCGGGCUGGCGUGGCGCAGCGCGGGUGACGCGGAGCUCGCCUGGCUCUCCGCAGUAGUGGCGCAGCGCCCCCGCGCUACAUGCACCGACGCAGAAGAGGGUGAGCCGGAGCCGGAGGAUGACGAGAUGAUGUCCCUGGAGCGGGCGCGAGGCGGUGCGGCGCACAGCGCGGCCUUCAUCAACUCACUACGGCUAUCGGAGCUGCGUGGCGCACUCGCCCGCGCCGGACUGCCCGCGGAAUUCAGUGGCGGAGCUCUCGAGUGCUGUAGCGGCACUGUCGCUAUACGCCGGUUGGAGAACGGUCGCGUCGCGCUGGAGGGCGUGCUGUCUGAGGAGUAUUACAAAGUGCGGGAGUUGUUGUACGAACAGUUCGCUAUUGUCUAGCCUACGGCUUUACUUUGUGUCGGUUCUAAAUUAAUUUUAUAUGAAAACUAUUUGUAUAUAGUGUUUAAGGCAAUAAUUAUAACAUUUAAAUUAAAAAGAAUUUUGAUUUAUUACUCACUUUGGCUUGGCUUACAUCUUUAGGAGAUUUUUUUUUAUGAAUAAAAAUACAAUUUUUU